AUGACUCAAACGGCAAGUGAUUCUUUGGAUGACAAGCUGUCCACACUCUGGCGUUCUGCCUGUGACGACUAUGCUAAAGAAACGGGGAUCGCGCUUAGCGAUAGCGACUUCCCCAAGAUCCACGGUCCCGAGGAUCUGUCGCGUCAGCUAGACGCAGAGAAGGACCAUUUCGAGGACUUUCGAAUGAAGAGACGACCGCUCUUGCAUGCCAUGCAAAUGAUCCUGGCGCCCUUUGAGAACUGGGGCGAUCUGCUUGCGGGUGCAGCCUCCGCAGCUUUUCCUCCAGCGUCUUCCAUCAUGGGCGCCAUGAUGCUUCUGGUUCGAGGUGCUCGCAGAGUCAGUGAGUCGUUUGACAUACUGACGGACUUGUUUCACAAACUCGGCCAUUUUGCUCUCCGUCUGGACUCGUACAAGGGGGUCCCUCUCAGCGAAGGGAUGAAGACCAUCAUUGUCAAAGUCUUGGUCAAUUUCCUUCGUGUCUGCGCUGCGUCGCAGAAAUUGAUAAGUCGAGGGUCGCUCAGAGCAAGACUUACGAAAUGGACAAAGAACGUCCUGAUUGAGGAUACGUCGAUUAGUUCGCUCCUGGACGAGCUGGAGGAGUUGACGAGCCAGGAACACAAGAUGGUCUCUGCCCAUGGGCUCGAUCUCACUCACCAGGCGCUCAGAAACACCGCGGAAUUACUCGAGCGAGAUGACAACAGGAACGAGCGCGAGAGACUGGAUACAGUGAAGAAAGCAUUAGAACCCGUCUCUGCGUCCGGCCGCGUCUUCUCCUCGAUCAACGAGAAUCGCAUACCUGGAUCGGGCAUCUGGAUUGAAGACAGAAUCCGGUCCUGGUGGCAGAGUCCCGAGCCUUUACUGUGGAUUCACGGGGGUCCUGGUGUCGGCAAAUCCUACCUGGCGUCGAAGAUCAUCAGUGAUCUUACGACGGCGGACCCCUCUGCGCCCGUCGUCGCCUCUUUCUUCUUCAAAAAUAACGAUGUUGACCUACGCUCCUUUAACAAAGCGCUGCGGACCCUGGCAUGGCAAGUGGUCGUCCAGCGAUCGAGGUUUGCGGCGCAUGCAGAGGAUUUCUGUCUGAAAGAAGACCCCGCCAACAGCUACGUUGUCUGGAGGAAGCUCUUGCUUGACUACUUCAUCAAGUCUCCACCGGACGCCGGAACGUGCUUUAUCAUUGACGGUAUCGACGAGGCCGAUCCUGAGGAGCAAGAAAUCCUUUUCAGUCUACUCGAGAGCACGUAUGCGACAGAGGAUCAGACGAGCCCGACCGCACCCAUCCGAGUCGUACUUCUGGGCAGAGAUUCAGUGCGCGGCGUUCUCGACGAACACUCCCUCGGAUGGAUUCCGGAGAUUGAAAUCACCAAUAACCAGAACAAGGACGAUCUUCACGGAUAUGUGUCUCAGAAGUUGCAGAAGACGAAGUUGUUUCGCGGCUAUCCAGACUUCCUAGACGAGGUUGUCCAGGAUAUAUGUGGGCAAGCGGAAGGCCUCUGGGAAUGGGCCAACCUUGUCAUCAAAUCUGUUCUACGUUGCCGGUCCAAGGAGCAGAUUCGGAAGGUGGUUCAGACGAUGCCCCGAGGAAUCAGUGCAAUGCUGCAUGCAGAACUGCAGCGUUUGGCUAGAGAGUUGUCGGCCUCGGAUGCGAUGUCGACCGAGUUUUCCGAUGGGGAAGAAUCCUCCGGGGAAGCAACGACGCAGAUUCAACAGCUCAACCUUUUACUCUCCUUUGUGACGAUGGCCCAGAAGCCGCUGACGGUGGACCAACUCGACCAUAUCUUGGAGGUCAUCCUUGAAGAGGAGGUCCUGAAUCUUGAGGAUGAUCUUCGCACAGCAUACUCAUCCCUGUUUUCGCUCCGUCCCGCGGUGGAAGGAGAAAAUGGUGAUGGUGAUGGAGUAGAGGAAGACGCAGUCAUUGUAACACUUCGCCAUAGUUCUUUUUAUGAGUUCUUUAGCACAUCCGUGGAGGCCGGACCCAUCCAGGUCGACCCUGACCGAGCUGAGGCGUCCUUUGUAUUCGUCCUACUCUAUGCUCUCCGGAGCAGAAAUGCACCCAAAUCAGACCGGUUGCUGGAACCGGUCAGCAGUUAUGCUCAAAAAUUCCUACCGCUGCAUCUGGAGCGUGCAAAUCCAGAAAAGGCAGCAAAUCGAGAAGAAAUAGCCACUCUGCUUGCCGCUCUCCUCACCGAGGAGCCGGUACUCAACCCUCAGCACUGGCUCAUUGAACAAUACCACGUAAUCUAUAUUGCCACAUAUAUCCAAUAUAGUUCCUCUCGCGCAACAGAGAUCGCUUGUUACUGGUGGAAUACUCAGAACCGUGACACGGCGAACCAGAGGGCUGAGCUGGUCCUGAAUUGGCUCUCCCCAGAUACGAAACAGCACCUGCAGGAUUGUGCUCGAUCUUCGACGGUGGCAAGCGAUGCCUGUCCUUUUACGGUACUUUUCUCUCGUUUGGCAGAGUCUUUCUCCCGACUUUGGCUGGCUCCGAAAGAUAUCAAAGAGGAAGAUGGAUUACCGGAAGGCCUCGCCACCAUGCUAUUUGUGUACGCGCAAAUGGCAGGCACCGAAUUUCCAACCUCCGAAGGGAAGAUAGCAAGGGUAGUACGCACGGCGUUGAGGUCUGUUGAGAUCAUGCAGGUCGCCGAGAUGCAGUGCCUCGAGAAGACGCCCAUCUGGCAUGCUCGAGUGGCUCAGGCGCUCCUCCUGCAUAAUAACUCCAAGACAGCCCUGGAACAAUUCCAGAUCUGUCUGGAUGAACAUCACCGAAACCCUAUCCUGAGCAAACAAGCGCUAUAUGCGAUUCACAGAGACAUGGCUCGCGCGUGUACCGAGACUGGAAGGUACAGGGAGGCUUUAGAACACUCUGAACUGGCCGAGUCGCUGCACGACGCCUCCUGGGAUAGUGACUGGCAGGAUCCUAUUGGCAGACUGCUGAACACUGCGCAAAUGAAGCACUUUGCGAAAAUGACCGAUAAAGCUGUUGCCACCGCAGAUGAGGCCUGGGAAACAUUUCUGGGACGAAAGGAGGAUUAUCGAGACAAGUAUACACUGCAUUCGUUCUUCUCGGUCUUCCUGGAGCUGCACCAGACGCGCCGUGUUCAAGAUGUGUUGGAUUUUGCCGCUUCACAUUCUCGGGAGUUUCAAUGGACCGGAAUGGAAGGUUUGGUCGAGUUCCUCGCUUUGACAAUGUCUUGGACGCACCGUCUAAUAUAUAGGGUCCUUCACCAUACGCGAAUGCGGGACGAUGGGAAGCUUAUUGAUCUUGUUGCCUCAGCUGGGGCCAGACUCGAGGCCUCAGUGGGGAAAAUAACAGAUGACCUGGCGACGGCGAAAUACUUCAUCGCGUCGCUGAUGGUCGAAAACAACCGGAUCACCGCAGGAAUCCAAGCUUGGUACCAGCUUGCCGCACUCGACAACCCGCCUGGGGAUAUGGAAAGAACUCAAAUGCGGUCACUGAGUCGCUUAGCAGCCGUGUGUCUAUACCAUCCCGAGAUUCCAUUCUGCGACGAGGCUCCUCUGAGAUUAGAUGAAAAGGCCGAGUACAGUGAUAUCUGUUUGGUCAUCUCGACUUGGCUGCGGUAUCAUGGUGAUUUCGCAAACGCCCGGACAGCUCUCCGUGGACGUGUGAAGAAAAGUGUCGAGCUGUUGUCAGAUGACAUUCCUUCCAACGAUGACGACGCCUUCCUGAGCCUCUUCCAAACGUUUCUGGCGGCUGCGGACUGCGAUGAAGAUCUGAGCGGGGCCUUGUAUUUGACCAAGGCCUGGUACAGGGACUAUCUGCGGGAAGCGAAGGGAGACAAUCCAAUAUCAGAAGGUGGCGUUGCCGAAUCUUUGAACCAAGUGCACCUUGUCGACGACGAGACACAAGUACCGGAUAAUGAGGUCUCUGAACGCCGGAUCUCGUACACAAUCGACGAUUUCGCCGAGUGUUCGAACUGCAAGUGUGAGAUGCGAUCGAUUUGCCACUGGUACUUUUGUUGUUGUUGCCCGUUCAUGAUGCUGUGUCAAUGGUGCUACCGCGAUAUCAAGUCAGCCUUAUCCCAGGAUGGUGCGUCCCAUCCCCCCGGCAUCUGCGACCCUCAGCACGGGUUUUAUUAUACCGGCGGUCCGCUGCAGGCUUUUGAACGUGUGCCCGAGGGGAUGAUGGUUCUUGACAGUCUUGAUGGGAAGAGGCGGACAGCAUGGAUUGAAGAAUGGAAGGAUCAGCUGUCGGAGAAGUGGGAGACGGCGGACUUUGCCUUUGAGGGAGGACUGUCGGCCUGGUGUAUGCGAGUGUUGCCGGAGCCACAGAGGUCUCGGUGGGCUAGAUUCUUCCAGUGUGAUUAG